AUGAACCAAAUUAUUGAUCACUUGUGGAUCCAGGAUUAUACCUCUCAGAUUACCGUUCCAGGGAAGCCCGUAACGGGGUUGCUCAAGGUCCCGAAUGUGUCUCGGGGACUUGACCACCUCGAUGUGCCUGUCGCGAUUUUUCCACUCGACUUGAUCAUCACCUUGGCUGUUUUACUUAUUUACCAUUUCAGCACCACACAAGCCUUUCCAACCUUUCCAAGGAAACUCGAACGACAUCCAACCAUUCUACCUUCACCGCCCGUUCUGAAGAUGCGGGAGCCAAAGCUUUCAGUUAAUCUUGAACCUCCUUCUGCUCGCCGUUUGGCCAAUGAUAUCCCACUGGAUAAAGAAUAUUUUGAAUCUCAAAAAGACGUGCUUUGGGAUCUUACGGACGAUGGCACUCGUAUUUGGAAACAACCUGAUGAUGAAACAACUCGGAUGACCGACAAUCUAUGUCGCGUGUGGCAAGAACGUGGCGACUUCUCCCAGCUAACCCUUGAUUCCAUUCACACCGCCCCUACUACCCCUGCAGAGCUGGAAGAGACGCCUGAUGCCUCUGAUGAGUCGACCACGAAAGAAGAACCCCAAGGAACGGACUCUAUCAGUAGCGAGGAUUUAUGGGAGAUGAAGCUCAAAAUGGUUCAGCAUCUCGGUGCGAUUGGGGUUGAAUUGGCAGCAGGACUCGAUCUUUUGAAUAUCGUCCUUGGCCCUCUGGCUCCUGAUACAGUGGACACCAACAGUCUACCCAUGCCAAACGGCGGUCUCGCACCCGCUAUCCAUUCUCCAGAUCAUAUUCCACCUCAAGCAGAAUCCACGACCCUUGUUGACGCUGCAGUAUCCUUGAUGCGAAAGCAAAAAACUACCAAAAAUGUAUCGAAUGUCCUGAGGAACGCCUCAGAAGAACUGGGGAAACAAGUUGAAAGAUCUCAAGAUCAAUGGAACGCUUUGUUAGAGCUUCGAGAAGAAGGCUGGGAUAUGCGACCAAAAGGCGUCAAAGCCGGUGUUGACGUAAGCCUGAUAGGAAAAGGAGCGGAGCGAGCAGCGAAAGAAGUUGGCAUUGUCUUUGCAAACCCCGAAGCUGCGGAGGUUCUACGCGCUUCUUCGAUUGCUUCAUUGGAGCCAGCAUCUCUGGGUUCAGUUGGCUCGCGACCGGAGAUGAAGUUUCCCACUCGACCCAGGCGACGUUUGGUCAUCAGCCUGAUCACACCCGAAGGUCAACCGGAAUACUUUUCUCCUUGGUCAAACUACUCCUUUCAAUCUGCCACAUCACCCCUCUUUUCUGAAGACUUAGAAAUGGCUCGUGCAGAGAUGCUCGAAGAAGAAAUCUUCAGCGAGGUUUCCAAGGAGGCGCAACUUGUCGAUAGCUAUUCAAUCAUCACAUCAGAUUCUUCUGUACAUGUCGAGGACCUAGGACUAAGAGUUGAAAAAGUUGCAUCAACUAAAUUUUCAAAUGAGGACUCACCUCUGGCGCUUCUAAUAUCAUCGAUCAUGCGGCUUAUGAUGACUUCAAUGUACCGAUCACGGCGUCUACACGCUACUGGCUCUGCAAUAUCUAAGCCAAAAGUCUCUCGACCCAAGAUGCUGAAACCGGUAUUGGAUUUAAUUGUUUUCUACACCUGUGCCCUGAGCGUGCGACGUCUUUUUAUCCAAGCUGCCGACGCAUUGACGCCGACUCGUCUCGAGGUCGAUCUUGAAUGUGAGCCGGUGUUGGAAUCGGUCGCAAAAAUCAUACGUUUACUGAGCGAUACUGGAUUUGGCGAGGAUACGCAAAAUAAGACAUUUGCGCUGGGGGGCAUGUGGACAUUGAGGAUUUGUGAACAUCAUUCAGUUUUUUUCACAGUCGCUUGCCCAGCAGUGGUUUCUUUAUGGUUACCUCAUCAGUCAAUCAAAAUUGCUCUUCCGCAGCUUUCAAGUGUACUUCAACGUGAGGUAGAAGAAUGCAUCUUAUCAGCUUUAUUGGACUCAGUUGAACAGAAAGGCUUUUCAGCCACACGAUGUGCGCCAGGCUUCAGUUGUGUACGGGGCGAACUGGAGAUAUUUUUGACCGUCAGCUUUUCACUCAGAAAUGGUGUUAAGGCCAGGGUAGAAAAACUUCAACCGACAUCUACAACACCAAUCCCCAUACUUAUUAGUAAGUAUGAAGGAAAAGGUAGCAUUAUGGAAUGGUUGGAAGGAACAAUCCCCCCUACAUGAUCAUGAGGAGUGAUUUGUGGUGCGGGAAUUGAUCAUGGUGUCUUGGACAUGAUUGUAAAUGAGGAUCUAACUGUCUUGAUUAUCCAGCCAGUGUGUUUCCUUGAGGUGAUCAAACUGGAGGUUAUAUUGUAUACCUUUUCAUAAAUCUGUAUUGCUUACAAAAGUACCUGUCAUAGGUUGAAUGAUUCUUAUGUAAUUUAUUCUUUGCUUGAAAAUCAUUGAAAUUAUAUACU